GAAGCAGUACGAUUAAAUGAGUUUAAUAUUGGGUGAUUAUCUUAUCACACCUCUGAAGGUUUUUCCUCAUUGUGGGGCCACCAAUCGAUUCACCAGUCAGUUGUCGAUAGUUCUUUGAACGGUUGUGAAGUGUUUAGACAGCAUGCCGAACAUCAGACCAUUAUCAGAACCCCUUGCCCUCAAGGCUCAGAAAGAGUUGAAUGAGGUACCAGAGAGAAUCGAUGAGGAUCUUGCUGCUCUACGGACAUGGAUCGCCAAGCAACCCCAUCUGAGAUCCAGGACAGAUGAUCAAUUUCUCGUUGCUUUCCUCCGGGGUUGCAAAUACUCCAUUGAGCGCGCAAAAGAGAAAAUCGAUCUGUACUACAGCGUACGGACGUCUUUCAAGGAGAUCAUGACAGAUCGGGAUCCUAUGAGUGAGAAGAACUUAGAAUUGAUAAGAUUGGGUGUAGGAUUACCAUUACCCAAUACCAUUACUCCUGAUGGAUGUCGGGUCAUACUGAUUCGUCCUGGAGUAUACGAUGCUGAUAAGUAUCAUAUCUUGGACGUUAUGAGGAUAAGUUUGAUGGCCAAUGAUAUUCAUCUAAUGGAAGAUGACAAUAUGAUGGUUGCGGGACAGAUGGGAAUUCUGGAUUUGUCUAACGUAACUAUGGCACAUUUCUUGCAAUUCUCACCUACUUUCACGAAAAAGAUGACUGUAAUGAACCAAGAAGCUAUGCCACUACGUCUCAAAGGUUUCCACUAUAUUAACACUCCUGCGGGAUUUGAGACUGUCUACAACAUGUUCCGCAGAUUCUUGAACGAAAAGAACAGAAAUCGACUUUACGUUCAUGGUGACAAUUUAGAGAGCCUGUACCAGCACAUUCCUCAGAGAUUGCUUCCUAAAGAAUACGGUGGCGAAGCUGGUCCAAUAAAGGAUAUGAUUGUACAGUGGGAGAAAAAGUUCAUGGACUACAGGGAUUACUUCCUCGAGGAAGCUAAAUACGGAACUGACGAAAAGAAACGUCCAGGUCGUCCAAAGACCGAAGAGACUAUUUUCGGUAUCGACGGAUCCUUCCGAAAAUUGAAUGUAGAUUGAAAGUACCAGUAAAGCUGAGACUCAAACUUUAUUCAGAUAAAAUUUUCAGAAUUCA